UUAAUACUACAAUGAAUAAGGCAGGGGUUUUUCAUCAGAAAUCAUUUCUGGGACAUUAAUUUAAAAGAUCUCCAGUAUAAGCAAAUGUGUUUUAAAAUUGGUUUACAUCCAAGUGUGAGGCUGUCCUGGCACAUGGAAAUAAGAUAUAUAUAUAUUGUUUGUAUUAGCUUUCCCUCAGUUUAGUACUUGCACUUCUUGAAAAGCUCUAUAUAAAUAAGAUGUAUUAAUGUUUAUACAUUGCCCUCUAGUAUAUGUUUUCCUAAAAGUCACUGUAGAUACAGAAAUAACAGUAUGGUUCAGGUGACAGUAAGUGGAAGCUGAAGGUAAUUUCCAUGUGCUCAAGAGAAACAUAACGUGACGAUAUAGUUGAUUUCUGAUAGAAGGCCCUGCAGACAGCGAGAAGCACAACAUGGUGGCGCUGUGCUUCAGCAUGAGGAGGGAGAUCGGAGAGAACCACGAGAUGGCUGCCAGGACGCAGCUGAAGAUCAUCGAGUCUCAGGAGUGGGUCGUCACGCCGGAUCUGAAGAGCUCAUUGGUCAAAGUGUUGGGUCUGUUGAAGGACGCAGCUGAGAGCUUCUCCAAGGACUCGUGUGUGCGUCAGGCGACUCGCUGUGUCCUCACAGCUAAGCUAGUCGCUCUUCAGCUCCACUUCCUGAACCAGGGCUCAGACGUACGUGUCAUCAACCUGCGACCUGCGGUGCUGCUGAACACGCUCGUCCAGCUGCCGCGAUGCUACCAGGUGUUUGUGGUGUCGGAGGCGUACGGCGUCAGUCCCGACUGGGCCGAGGUUCUGUUCCAGAAGGUGAUUCUGAAAGGAGACUUCGUUUACCUGGAGGAGCUGAAACGCCACCGCCCGCUGACCUCCAGCCUGUUCGAGGACAUUUUCAAGAAACUGGAGGGCGCUCCCAGCAGCGUCACUGUGCACGUGAAGCGCCUGCUGACGCACUGCGAGGACGUGUACAGCCGCUACAGACUGGCCUACCAGCAGAAACUGGACCACGUCACCAAAACCAUGCUGCAGGACGCAAAGACGUCCAACUACCUGAACGACAGACUGGCCAGCUGAUCCGCUGAGCCACUGGUCUGUCGAAGAAGAACUUUACAAAACUCAUUGAGCAAAUAGAAGUUUGUUCUCUUAUCUUCUGUGGAGAUUAAAAUCUGAUGCUCUCAGCGAAACAUCCCUGUUAGUUAAUAUUAAAAAGAUGAAAUGUUACAAGCUGAGAAUCAACAGAAAACCUUCAUGAAAACUUCUGUGAACAUGUAAAUUAAAGAGACUUUUUAAACGGC